AUGAUCCCGAACCAAUACUCGGCGCGGGAAAUUCUCGAAGCCGUCGAUCGGAAGAGACGCGACGCCCUGCUGGACCCGUACACCGCCAGUACCAAGGAGUUCCGUAGCUUCCGCAAAAGGAACACCAAGGAUCGGAUGGCGCUGGUGAACUUGAAAAGGACUUGCAAAGCGUACAGCAAACUGCCGAUCGGGAAACACUUUGGGCAUGUACCGAUAGGCAUCCACGCGAAAACGCCCCUGGAAGCGAUGAAACAGGUGUGCGAAAUGAUCGCGCUGUUGCUGGAUUACCCCGACAUGGCGCUUUGCGUUCGGCAGCUUUACUUUUGCGUGGAGAGCCGCUGCGAUGAGGAUAUCAAGCUCCCCGCUCGUCUCCAAGACGACUUGGUAUCGGCAGCCACGUCAUCUGCGGUCAACAUGAACCUCGACUGGCGCCCCCCUCCGCGUACAGAUUCGAUUAGCGAUAUUUUGAAGACCUCCUGCGAAUCCGAGAUUUUCCUAGGUCUUGGUAUGGUGCUUUUGAUGCGGCUUCUCCCGAACGUCGAGCAUCUGGUCCUUGCAGCACACGUCCUCUCAUACAACUGGAUCAACCGCAUGUUCCCGGCUUUCGGUGGUGCCGGCGGUGGUGCCGGCGGUGCCGUCCGCCCUUGUCUCCUGAGUAGUAUUCGAUCCUUCACCUUUCAAGGAGACAGCCCAACACUACCGAGGGGCAGGCUUUUGAGACUGUGCGAUGCCACCGGUCUCUUCCAACAGGGAUCGGAACUCUUUGUGCAAGAUCUACAAGUGCGUCUCUGGCGAGAGAUCGAUACCUCGGAAGACGUUCAGCUUCAGAACCUGAGUUCCCUGGUGCUAUCCAACGUAUGGAUCGAGCUGGAAGCGUUGGAGAAGGUGGUCGACAGGAUUACUCGUCUGACCAAAUUCAUCCUCACGAACUUGGAGUGGCAGAGGUCGGCGCGCCCCGUGCCUGCCGCCUGCGACAUCAUAGACGCCUUGGAAAAGCACGCGGACAGCCUGGAAACGCUGGUCUUACGUUUCGCCCAGCGUCGGGAAGGCGUCCAUCGGCCGGUCAAGUCGCUCGCGCACUUCACGGCGCUCGAAAACCUAUGGAUCAGGUCGACGGAGUUCCGCGACGUCAAGGACCCCGGUUCAUUACCGGAGCCGGCGGACAUGAACGUGAUCAUGAUGGGCGGAGAAGACCUUUCGGGCACCGAAUACAGCGCGUUCGCGACUCUGCCGAGAGGUUUGAAGAGGUUACAUGUGGCCGGCUCUGCGUCAUACGUGGGCAUCGAUCUGGACUUGAUGUAUUACAGACUGCGGGACGGCGACCCGUCUGUCAAAGUUCCUGACGACUUCAGGCUGGACGGCCGUCACGCAAAUUCGCGAUUUUAUAUCGAUAGACUCCUACAUAUGGGCUUCAACGUCGGAGACGAGGUGGACAGACGCCCGGAUUCGUGGUGA